GAAGUAGGUGAGGGGGUCUGGGCAGUCCCUGGUCCCUGGGGCUGGCUCUCAGGGACUCAGGUUCCAGGGCUGUGUUGAGGGGUCCCAAUCUCCACUUCUCUUUCUACAACCAUUGUCAGGUAUUUCCGCCUGGAUACUGAUGACGCAAACUCAGUUCACACUCCUAUUAGUGUCGGGUUUCCGGGGAAACCAGCGGCACUGCAAGUUCCCCUGUUACCAAGUCUCCGCACCCGACCCCGCUACCAACUGCGAAUCAUUCUCUCCAGACCCUGAAGGAGCGGGUCAUUAUGCCCCGAACCCUCCUCCUGCUGCUGUCGGAGGCCCUGGCCAUGACCCAGACCUGGGCGGGCUCCCACUCCCUCAGGUAUUUCUCCACCGUCGUGUCCCGACCCGGCCGCGGGGAGCCCCGCUACUUGGAAGUCGGCUACGUAGACGACAAGCAGUUCGUACGGUUCGACAGCGAUGCCCCAAGUCCGAGGGUAGAGCCGCGGCGCAGUGGUUGGAGCAGGAGGGGCCAGAGUAUUGGGACCGGGAGACGCUGAGGGUCAAGGAGACAGCACAGAUUUCCCGAGUGAGCCUGCAGACUGCCCUCGGCUACUACAACCAGAGCGAGUCCGGGUCUCACACCUUACAGGAUAUGUAUGGCUGUGACGUGGGGCCAGACGGGCGCUUCCUCCGCGGGUACAGUCAGUUGGCCUACGACGGCGAGGAUUACAUCGCCCUGAACGAGGACCUGUGCUCCUGGACCGCGGCGGACACCGCGGCGCAGAUCACCCGCCGCAAGUGGGAGGUGGCCGGUGUGGCGGAAGACUUCAGGAACUACGCGGAGGAAUGUGCUUGGAUUGGCUCCGCAGAAUCUCCCAAAACACGGGUGACCCGCCACCCCAUCUCUGACCGUGAGGUGACCCUGAGGUGCUGGGCUCUGGGCUUCUACCCUGCGGAGAUCACCCUGACCUGGCAGCGUGAUGGGCAGGACCACACCCAGGACACAGAGCUUGUGGACACCAGGCCUGCGGGAGAUGGAACCUUCCAGAAGUGGGCGGCUGUGGUGGUGCCUUCUGGAGAGGAGCAGAGAUACACGUGCCAUGUGCAGCACGAGGGGCUGCCCGAGCCCAUCACCUUGAGAUGGGGUAAGGAGGAGCCAUCCUCUCUACCCUCCAUCCCCAUCCUGGGCAUCAUUGCUGGUGUGGCUGUCCUUGUGGUCACUGUGGUGGUUGGAGCUGUGAUCUGGAGGAAGAAGUUCUCAGGUGCGGACAGGAGAGGGCUGGAGGAGCCGAGUGUGGACGGGGCCUGUGUCCAGACCAUGACCACAGGGAUGUGGACGUCACCUGUCACCAGGACCUUGUGGAGCAAGAGCUUCCUGUGA